AUGGCGGGCAGAUCUGUGGUUAUUUCAGCAGAUGCUGUUCCAGCUGUCGUUCCGGCUGAUGAUGUUCCAGCUGCUGAUGUUCCAGUUGACGAUGUUACAGCAGCAGAUGUUCCAGCUGCAGAUGUUCCUGGUAUUGAUGCCCGGCUGGUGCCCCAGCUGGUCAUGUUCUCGCUGUUGUCCCAGCUGCUGCCGUUCCAGCUGCUGUUGUUGCGGCUGGUGAUGUCCCAGCUGCUGUUGUUCCAACGAUGCCGUGGUUCGGCUGCGGACGUUCCAGCUGAUGGUGUCUCAGCUGCUGACGUCCUAGCUGUUGAUGUACCAGCUGGUGCUGUGCCGGCCGACAAUGGGCCGGCUGCUGAUGUUCCAGCUGUGGACGAUCCAGCUGCGUGUGUCACUGUUAAGGAUGUUCCAGCCGAUGCUGCUCCAGCUGAUGCUGUUCCAGCUGCUGGCGUUCCGGCUGCUGGUGUUCCAGCUGCCGGUGCUCCAGCUGGGACUGUUACGGCUGAUGAUGUGCCUACUUACGGAGAAGACGGAUCACCCCAGACCUGCGGCAAGGAAGAGGACCCGGGCGGCGUCGAUGAGAGGACCACAAUGCAGCGGCGCCGGGACGCAGCCGGCCAGGGCUAG